AUGAGAGGCAAUUAAAAAUAAUAACAAUAAGUUCCAAUACCUAGUUACCCAUUUCCUUAUUCAUUUUGGUCUUAUAAUAAUUUUGAAACAAAAGAGUUGGAAGCUUACUUAUCAUCUCAAUCCUAAACUUUGCAAACAUAAAUUCCCAAAACGUGCAUCCAAGAUGGAUAUUAAUAAUUAUGUAAAAUCUUAAAUCAGCAUCCGCAUCCUGUAUUACACGCCAAAUAAGCCAAACAAUAAUAACAAAUAACCAAUUUACUUGGCGAAUAAUCAAUUGAUAGCAUUAAAAACACUUCAGAGAUUACAUAAUUUUUGGUAUUCCAAAACACUCAAAUUGAUGCAAUCACAUUAAUUUUACUCUAGUUUUUAUGGCCUCUUUAUUAAAACCUAAAUGUCUUUAAAUUAUACAAUAUUAAAUUUUCUGAAACUGAAAUGGAAAUUUUAUAAAAAAUAAUUGAAAACAACAAACUCAUUAAGGUAUUUAUUGAGUAUACCAAUAUAAUUCCUCAAAUAAAUUGUCCAACACUUACCUAAUUAUAUUUAAGAGGAAAUUAAAUUACUUAAUCUAAAUUAAAUCAAAUAUUUUAACCAGGCACUCUUUAGGCCUUAUAAGUAAUUGAAUUGAGUGAUAAUCCUCUUGGAAAAGAUUCUAUUUAAAUCUUGGCCAAUUUUAUGAGUAAAAAGAACAGUGUUCAAUAUAUUGGACUAUCAAGAUGUGAAAUAGCAGCCUGGGAGGAUUUGAAACCUCUGAUAGAAACUAUUGGACCAGAAAAAUUGAAUGAAGCAAAAUUACAAGCUUAUAGAGAGUUAGAAGAAAAGAGAGAUAAGCAGAUUAAGGAUUAAUUGAAAGCAAAGAAGAAGGAAGUUGUUGCUGAAAUUGAAUUAGAACCACUUACACAAAAUGCAGAUGGAAGUUAUUCAAUCAUUCAUAAUCAGUAAUUAUAAAUUCUGUUUUUGGCUGUGAAUCCGUUCAAAGAUAGUGAUAAAGAUUAAAUUGAAAGGUUCAUUUAAGCAAAUCCAAAUGUUUAUGUUGUGCUGCAGGGAUGUUCAUUUGAAACCAAGACAAAAGAGAGACUUAAAAAGCGCUACAAUAAUAUCGUAUUUUGA